AUGUCGAGGUCAGAUAGUCGAAAUGACAUUGUUGAGGCUCAGCUUGAGUAUGAACAUGAGCUGGAAGCCCUCAAACGUCAAUAUCGUAAGAUGAAAAACGUAAAGAAAAGUCUCAAGGUAGAGACAAACAAUAUCCUUCGACGGCAAGAGAGAGAAAUAGAAAUGAAUAUGGAGCAUGAAGAAAUGAAGGGUCUUUUAAAUUUUUCACAGAGCAGAUAUAAUAAAUUCGAUAAAGAAAACGUUAAAAAGCUAAAUCAGUUAUUGGAAAAAAACAUUUUCGUUAAAGAAACUUCUGUUGAAGGAAAUCAGAUUUUGGGCAAAUUGGAUAAGCGAAUCAUUGCAACUGAAGAGGAAGUUAUGAAAAAACAAAUUUCCAAUAAGAAGAUGCCAUUUUUAGAUCCGUUCGCCAUACAGAGGCGUAUUCGCAUCAUGGAAAACAGAGUGUACGCAGCAAAUGUAAAGUUCAAUAAGAUACUAACGAAGAACGGCAAUUUGAAAUCAACCAUCGACAAAAUCUCCGUUCAAAAAAUGAGAUUUCGCGACUUAUACAGAAAAAUGAACAGGGAAUUUCAAAAUGGUAAAAAAGAGAUGGACAAUGCAGUGGAGUCCAGUUUAAGUUUUUUUAACGCUCGUGAUGAAGCUCAACAUCGAAUGACUUUCUUGAGAGAAAAAGCAGAACGUGAUCUGUCCAUUUAUAAUAUCGAGCUGAAGGAUGUGAUGAGAAUCAUUGACCACGAUCAAAAAUUACGUAACUUCAUGAACACAAAAACCGAAGAUCGUUCCACAAUAUUAGAUGACGCACUUUAUAAAAGACACAAUAAACGUAUGACAAAUCUUCUUCGUAAUCUUAAAGUGGAGGCGAGUAAAUAUGAAGAGAUAUUCAGCAAGAUUCGGGAGGUUACAGGUAUAAAUGAUAUUGACAAGUUGGUAUCAGGUUUCAUUAAAAUUGAAGAUGAAAACUUUGCUCAAUUCAAUUAUGUGAACGAGUUGUACACAGAAAACGAAGCUUUGCAAGAAGAGAUAAGAGAGAAAAAAUCCGAUAUGGCCGAGAUGAAUAAGGCAAGCACUCAAGCUGACAAACGAAGAAAGGAAAUUUUCAGUCUACUUGAAGAGAGAUUUACGGAAGUUGCUUCAAAGCGUCAAAAAAUUCAAGAGCGCUACAAACGCGAGAAAAAAAUUCUAGAUCAACUGAAACCAAAGAUCGAUGUUCUCUUCAAAUCUAUUAAAUGCAAUCGUUCAGCAAUCACUGAUCUCUUAGGAAAUACUGCUGGACUGACUGAUAGUAACGUAAUGUCUUUCUUGGGUAUCGUUGAGCAGCGUACGAACGAGUUACUUCAAGGGCAUUCUAUUCAGAAAUUAAAGUAUGGCUUGGAUGAUGCAAACAAAAAUCUUAUGAUAUUGGACUCAAUGUUGCCAACUGCCGGAGAAAGAUGCCCGCCUUUGUGUAUAAGGCCACCUUCCAUAGCUGAUGAUGAUGACCUCAGUAGUCCAAUAAACGAAACAUUAUUUAAUGAACCUGCACCUUUCAAAGAUUCUAAAGCUUUGAUAGACAAAGGUGAUCUGCAUAUUCGUAAAGGAACAAAAGAUAACGAAAAGCAUGUUCAAGCUAAAAUCUAAUGUCAAAUACAAGGUCGCUCACGCAACAUAAAGUUAUAAGUAAUUUGUAAGUUAUUCAAGAGCAAAAAAGGUUUGAUGCACAAAUACAGACGUUUCAAUAAUGUCAACAAAUAAAUGUUAUUUGGUUUUACAAUAUAUGGUUUUA